AGCCUUGCAGCCUUAGGGACGUACCUAUUACCCGAUCGCCUUGACUGACAUCAAUCUCGGCUCAAGGAGAGAGAGAGAGAGAGAUGCCUGACAGUAAUGAUGUCAAUCCCAGGCACCGGUGAUUGAUUUAUGGAACCUACCGAUAAUGAGAGGCCGCAGGUCUUGAUGCCUGAUGCCUAUGACCAUGGAUAUGACCAUGGCUAUGGCUAUGGCUAUGGCUAUGACAAUCUCCAUCACUCAACAUCAUACAUCUAUUGCAACCUGAGAUCAACGUCUUCUGUUAAUUCGAUAAAAUGAACACUACAUCUUCCUCCACGCCGAUGUUCUUCCGAAACGAUAAAAGAACCACCCUCUACCUGGCCGGAUGGACUCCAUUCAGCGACGGGACUUACUUUCUCAUAUGUUCGUUCCUCAUCGGAUUCGCCUUCAUCACAAGGGCACUCGUUGCAUUCAGGGCCGUGAUGGAGCAGAGGUUUCGUACCAAACAUCUUGAUCGUCAACGCGCCGCCGCCGAUGAUGAGACGUCAGAUACCAAAGAAAAAAAGAACAAAACCAUCCCUUUUGAUCUUGAAAGAGGCCCGGGAAAUCAGCAGACUAGUACCGGGGUCAUGGCGCCUCCCUGGCGGUUGAUCUGGGAUGUGCCUCGCGCUCUUCUUUUUGCCUUGAUUGCUACUUGCUCAUAUCUACUCAUUAUAGCCGUCAUGACGAUGAAUGUAGGAUAUUUCUGUUCUGUCAUAACAGGUCUCUUCUUGGGGGAGUUGACGUAUGGGAGGUCAAUCCAGUGGGCGAGAUAUUGAGAUGUGGCUUGCCUUGGGUUCUUAUAUACUUUGCUUGAAUGAUCGGUUUCUUCUCAAAAACUUCAUUUAUAAUAUCGACAUCCAUUACCUAAUAUACAGGUGGAUUCACUACCUGUGGAAGAAUUCUGUACUUGGAUUCUCAUCUACUAGACAAUAGACGGUGUC